AUUCGUUUGUCAUUGUUUGACGGCUGGUGUCGGUCGCCAUUUUCUAUAAUGGCGGCGAGUAGUGCGACAUCUAUCUCGACUUUAGUGUCAUCGCUAACUCGCGUAGCGUGCGGACGUCGCGUUUUCCCGUCGGUUCUUAUUGUUUGAUACAUAAUCAUAGAAAAAUGACAACGGAAAUUGUUCCAAAUACUGAAAAAAAUAUAAAUAACACUGUUAACUCGUUAUAAAAUGCGUAGUAGCCGCAGCAGGUUAUAAUACACGACUAUUAUGUAGUAAAAUAAUGAAUUUCACACACCGCCGCAGUCUUGAGUUCGAAUUGUAGUGAACUGUGUUGUGGAAUCGAUUUUUAGGUGUUAUUAAUGAAAUUACGAAGGUGCUUGUGGUUAUAUUGUUACAUAAAAGAUCCUGUUGGUUCGGACAACGCUUCACGAGCUUUACUAUUGUGGAAGCUCGACUCGCGUAGAAUCGAUAUAACUUAAUAAAAAAUGCAUGUUUUCCCUAUGGUUUCAUAAAGGCUCGGGUCAAUAUCGUACCGGUUAUUGCAAUACGAAUGUUUUUUUUAAAUAAACAACGUGGUUCCGGAGGCAGUUAAAGUGAUUUUAUUUUAGUGAAUAGUGUUUGUACUGGAAUAUUUGUUUUGCAUUCAAGUUUUCAAUCCAUCAAAAGCAGGUUCCGGCGAAUGUGUUCGCCCCGCAGGACUAACCGUUAUGUGAUAGUGCCCUUACCGUCGGCCAUUUUGUAACCAUGGCCGCCAUCUUGAGCGCGGCGCUGCUGCUUGCGUUCGCUGUCUAUUCCACACAAGGUGGAGGCUGCACAUUCCCCGAGUCCUGGACGGGCGCCUGGUUCCAGUCCGGAGUUCCAGGGCUGGUGUCGAUCAACCAGACACACAUACAGUCCAAAGGGGAGUGCUCGGAGACGGAGAGCUAUGACAAAUUCCUGUUAUAUGACAGGAGUGACGACUGCUACAGAUGUAUGGUGAUACACGAAAAGCACAGAUAUGUGUUACAGUAUAAAGAAACAUACUGCUCUCCAAAAGAGACCUUGUCGUCGCUCUGCGACACAAUCACAGGCGACGCCGCGCUGUACUCCAUGUUCCGUAAGGACCCCGCGCCGACGCCGCAGCCCUGCCCGUUCAGACCUGCACCGUUUACGUUUACAUAUAACCGAGGCGCCGGUGACUGCACGAAUCCGCCGUCACGAGCAGAGUCGUGCACGGAUGACUCGAGACUGCUGCUGCGGUAUAUGGCGUGUCCGGACGUUCAGGCUACUGAGAGUAAUGUGGAGGAGUUAGUAUGCCUGGCGACGUGGAAGGAAGGAUCCACGAGAUACUUGGUGGGCAAGAUAUCACAAGUUCAACGACGGAACGCUUUGGCCUCCGAUGAAGAUACAUACAGAUGCUUCAUCUAUAAAGGCCAGCACAGCGACAAAACUAUGACGUACUACAUCGCCCAGUCCGGAGAUGCAACGUGCAAUGGACUGUCGUCACCGACCGACGGUAGUCGAACCAUGAGGCUGACUAACAGUGACGACGAGCACAAUCGCUGCCACUUCCCUAGUUGGAUAGUGGACCACCACAAAUGGUACAGCUUGGACCACACCCACCAGUACCAUUUUACGACGAAGAACGCAACGCUUAAGAUAGCUAACGCGGACGGACAGUUGGAGGAGAAGCGACUAGUUUGCCACUCCAUUUUGGAGCAGAAGGAAAAGAAGCAUAUAAAGCUUGUAGCACACGUCACUAAAGGAUGUGAAUCCGGGCACGUGUGUCUCGUGUUGCACCGCCGCUCCGCGCACGUGCUGGAGCUGCGCUCGGGCUCCGGGCUCUGGGAGUCCCCGCAGGACGCCUGCGCCGAGCCGCAACACGAGCCUUCCAUCACACUCAUCACGACCUCUUUGACUCCGGAACGGUGUCCUAUCUUCGGCCGCUACAGUGUGGUGAGCUCUUUAGCUGACUCAAGGCGGAGGCGGCAGCAAAUGACUAUAGGAGAUACUGAAAGCACCGAGAUAGAACCAAAAUGCGUUCCCGGCGUGUACGACAGCGCGAGUAUAGGGUGCGGCGCGGCUCAGGACAGCAUCGAGUUCAAGUCCGCUUGCCCCAGUACUGUGUACACGUGCUACGGCAGCUGGCAGUCUGGUGGCACCGGCUACGUGGUAGCGGCCCCAGCGCAGCCGCGCAGUACGCGCCUGCGCACAGUCUGCAUCGUUUACGAGCACCACAAUAACAACGAGACCCACGGAGGCACGCUGUCGUUAAACAUCGUGUCGCACUCGUGUGAUCGCGCGGCGUCGCCUGGCCCGCCGGACAAGGCGUACAACCUCACACUCAAUGGUACAUGCGAGCAGAGCAGCAAGUACAACAGCCCGGCGCAGCGCCUGGCACCCGCGACUCUGUUACUCGCGCUCGCGUUGACUAUUAGAUGAUACGGCGGCCGCUAGAGGCCGAGGAGCGGGGGGAGCUCUAUUAACCUAUUUCAUGUAUGAACUACAUGCUGUUAACUGAUUAUCGACCUUAUUUGCAAAGAUAUUAGGUUCAAAUUGUCAGUUAUAACUUAAGUUACCAUUUCUGUGUAAAGACAUCCGUCCGUCGAAGUUAACUCAGCACCGACUUGAACAGAAUAAUGCGACGGUGUCUUAAUAGACGUCAUAUUUUCUUAGAACUUUGAUAUUAACUGACGUUACCAUUUUUUGUCAUUGCAAAUGCCAUGCAGAGUUAGAUUGGUCUGACUCUAAGGUCGAGGUGCUCAGUUAUAACUGACAAUUUCGUAAUCCUAAUUGCAAACAAAUAGGUCAAGAUGAUCACUUUUUAAAUGACUUUUCGUACACCUUGUCAGUUAUAACUAACUUUUCGUACGCUUGGUCAGAUAACUUUUCGUACACCUGGUCAGUUAUAACUGACUUUUCGUACACCUGGUCAGUUAUAACUGACUUUUUGUACAGUUGGUCAGCUAUAACUGACAAAUUGUUAACCUAUAACUGACAAUUUCGUAAUCCUAAUUGCAAACACAUAGGUGAAGAUGAUCACUUUUUAAAUGACUUUUCGUACACCUUGUCAGUUAUAACUAACUUUUCGUACGCUUGGUCAGCUAUAACUAACUUUUCGUACAUUUGGUCAGUUAUAACCGACUUUUCUUACACCUAGUCAGUUAUAACUAACUUAUCGUACGCUUGGUCAGUUAUAACUAACUUUUCGUACACCUGGUCAGUUAUAACUAACUUUUCGUACACCUGGUCAGUAACUGACAAAUUGUAAACCUAAUUCCAAACAAGAGCUGGCGUUGGUCAGUUGUAAUAUAACUGACGUUUAGUAAACUUAUUUAUUGCAAAGACUCAGAUAGUCGGUCAACAGUCGGUACACAAAGAUUGGUAGAAUAGGCAGAUUGGAAAUCUAGACAAGAUAUAAUACAGUUUUUUAACGUUUUAUGUUCUGCCACAGAAUAAAUAAUGAUACUACCGUACAGAAAUCAACCUUCGAAAGAAUCGAAGGAGGUCGAAGUUUGACAGCGAUUCAGGGACGAAUCAUGUUUUCCCUUUCUAAUGUAUGGCAUUAUCCCUUUCGGCUAUUUAGGGUUGUUAAAAUUCAAGUCAUUAUCUUAUCUGUGGUUGUGCAAUUGUGCACGCAGAGGAACGUCAAGUUUUGCCAACCCUAAUAAGUGCUCGGAGCAACGCUGAGCCGAACGUAGCCGAGAGUGCCCGAAAGGUCCAGUUUCUGGCACCUAUUUCACCAACAUGAAAAUGAAGACCUGACAGUGACAAUAUCCUGUACGUUUCUGAAUUGCUUAGUAACGACGAAUAUUAUUAAAAUGAAAGAAUAAAAUAAAAAAGACAAGAAAGAAUAUAAUUUCCAACCCAUUUCGUACCUCGUCACAGUGACGGUCAAUAUGAAAAUCAUUAGAGAUCUCAUUCUAUUGUCACUGUGACAAAUUAGGUACAAAAUGGGUUGGAAAUUAAUAUCUUUGGCGGUACAUAGCGUCGUUGUUUACUCGUUGAACAAGAAAUUAAUGGUGGAUUGUCAAUGUCAGGUCACAAUGGAGUAGUUUCGAACGAGGAAAUUUUUCAUCGUAACCGGGUUGCGAACGGAGAAUUAGAUUCAAUAAUCAGUCUUAACAAUAUUAUACAACUAAUUAAUUUAACUAUACAUAAACAUAUCUGCCUGAUGUCUUACAAAAAUGCUGGAUUGUUCUAUGAAUCUUUGUGUAAAUGUAUUUUAAUAGAACUCUUUUCUAAUGCACCUAUUUUACACUAAAAUACUUGUAGGUAACAAGUAGAUUGAUUUUUGUGAUAAUGUUAUUUUUGUUUUUGGCAGCUAUUUUUGGGCAGGUUUUUUUAAAACUUAUUUAAUGGUUCUGAAGCUAUCUGUUUAAGAUAAAUGUUUAUUGGGAACUUUAUUUUUGGAUUAAGAAUAAUCAGAUUUUUUGACAGAUUUCGAUUGCCUUCGUUAUUUACAAUACUCAUUAAAACUGUAUUAGUUAAGAAUUCAUUGUAAAUAAUAUAAUUGUAAACAAAGCUUUCGAACCAUACAAAAGUGUUUUUCUUAGGUAUUUAUUUUCAAAAUGCUUUUAUUAGUUAUUUUUUUCUAUAAAAUAGUCGUUAGGAUAGGCCAAACAAUACAAUGUUGAAAAGAAACGAAGUAAAAGUAAAAUUUGUAAAUAAAAAAUGGUAUAGAAUUGGAUUAAAAAGCGAUUUUUAAAUAAUGUUACUUAUGGAAUUUGUAUCUUAAUGGGAUGUUUAAUUUUUUAAAUUUAGACCUCGUUUGUUCUCGCCUAAUGAUAAGAAAAAUGUUAAAUAUUUUGAAAUUUUUCCUCAUCACUUACGAGUUACGAAAAUGUUAUGACAGUUACGAAAGUGAAAAUUUUGCAGCUAAACCAUAUUUAAUUAUAAUUGAGAACAUUUCCACGUCUAGCUCUGUUUGUUCAGAAUUUUCACCUUAAAAUAAAUAUGUAUUUUAAUUAAUUGUAUGUUUUUAAUAAGUGCUCAGAAAGCGUUCUGCUCCUGCUAUUGCUACAUCUGAUUUUAUUUUUAAUGUGAGUAAUACAACUAAUAUGAUUUAUUAAAAACUAUCGCAUUUAUUGAUUCAAUCUUUGAAAAAUUUGUUUAAAGUUUUAGGCGAGGACAAAACAAGAUGUAAUUAUACUAUAGUAUCAUUUAUUUAUAGACAAAAAACGCUUUAAGUAUACACUUUGUACUGUAUGCUUGGUAUAUCGAGCGGCAGAUGUUAUAUCGGUGUCAUGUCUUUUAUCGAACGAUAUCAUGUCAGCGAUAAAAUAAGACAUGAAAACUGUUGUUCAAAUGUCGUACUGUUUUGAAACAUUUGUGCUGUUAUUAUGAGGAAAAUUGUAUUUUAUUUAGAAAGGCAUUGUAUUAGUGUCAAUUAUUAGCUGUUUAAAGAAUUUUAAUUUUAAAAAUCUUUCUUGUGAAUUAGAAAUUCAGAAGCAAGCUUGUUUCUCUAAAUGAAAAAACAAAUGUUUUUUUUAUUAAAUGUUUCUUUAGGUACUAUUCAAAUCAAGUUCUUUAAUAUUUUCCACCUUUGCCACAAACUUACAGACAUGUUUCGAUAUGGUACGACAUUUCGAGUCUUAAUGAACCGUUCAUAUUGGUUUAAGUGUAAUAUAAAUUAGAUAGGCAUAAAUUUAGAGAAAUUAUGCUCAGAAGGAAGACCGUGGUUUUUUUAUUUAUUGAAACGUCCGUAAAAUGUUUUGUGCGUCCAUAAACUACGUAGACGGGCACAGUUUGAAGCUUCUAGUUAUAGUGUAUUUUGUGGAACUUUUUUUUGGGAAAUUAUGUAAUAAUUCCUUGCCAUACUAUAAAGUUACGAAACUGUAAAGUUAGUUACGAAACUGAAAAACAUUUUUCAAUUAAUUUGGAAUUCUUCUUACAUUUAACAAAAAAGGGUUUAAAUGUUCUGGAGAAUAAACAGUGUUAACAAAUCAAAGUGUGCCCGUCAUUAGGCUUACUCAUUUAUUAUUUUAGAAGAAAAACAGCGCAAAAGUGGCUUUUUCGGUCCAUAAAAAUGAGUUUUUAAAUCAAACGCUCUAUUCAACUAUCAAUUCCUCCUAAAAUGCCACUUUUGUCUUGUUCUUUUCAAAUCUGGUUUUCAAAAAGAAAUCUUAAAAUAAUUGAGUCUUAAAGAUUAGGUAUAUGAAAAUAUGACAUAACCAUCAGUAUAUGUGUCAAACCAAUGACCAUUUGUAAUAUUUGUAUUGUGCAGAAUUAAGUUCAAAUACCCAUUUAAUUGAAUGCAUUAGUUACCGGCAUUUUAAACAAAUAAACGAUUGAUUGAUUAUCGCGGAUCUUCUCUUAGUGCGUUUAAUACAUAUAACUGUUCUUUUGCCAUUUACUCGGAACGUAAAACUGACCUUUGCCUAAAAAGACACUGGACGAAGGCCUCAAAAUGUAGGAAUAUUUAUAUGAAUUUAAGUCACUAAGUCAGUAAAACAAAAGGCUCAAAAACAAUCAUAAUUUAAAAUCAAAUUGAUUAAGCAAUUGUUAUUGUUAUUAUUACUGUUUAAAAGAUUUCAAGAAGAAAACCAGAUACAUUCAGCUGUUAUUCUAGCUUUUAGACUUAUAAUUUACCAGUUUUUUUUACAACCAGUGCUUUUCCUCGUGAAUCUUGACCAAUAGUAGUUAAAAGUAUACCUAUUUGCUCAUAAUUAACAAAAAAUAGCGCGGAAUUUUAUUUGUGAUAAAGAAAAUAAUAUAAGAAAAAAGAUGUAAAUAUUGAAUAGACUCAAGUUCCUCACUUUUGUUUCUCUGACUCUGAUUUUUGUGAUACUCUGAGUUUUGGUUGGUUAGGUUUAAGUUUGGCCUUUGGUCGCCACUACUCUUUAGCUCGAUAUCAAAUGAUUUAGUUAAGUACUACUAAUUUUUUCGCAAUUUUUCAUAAGGACAUGUUUGACUAACGAUAGCAUACAUCAUAUAAGCAGUUACGAAAGUGGAAUUAUUUUGUUUUUGUAACUAUUUCGUAACUGUUUAAGUUGUUCAAAGGAUACUUUAAUAUAAUAGUAACUAUGUUUUUAAUAAUGCCUUUGAAAUGUUACGAGAAAAUAAAUAAAUCAAAACAGUAUGGCGGCCGAAGGUUGGAAUUGACGACGUCUGUGCUUGCCUACAAUGAACCUAUUGUUUUAAAAGAAAGAUUUAAAAUAUAAAUAUGUAGCCGAAAAGACUAUUGUACAUAAAACUAGCUGGAUAACUUAUAUAACUAUACAUACAAUCAUAUUUUAUAAGUAUAAACACAUUUUUAAAAUAAAGUACAGGACAAAAGUAUUAAUUUAAAAAAAUAACCGACGAUAAUAAAUAGCGAUAGAUUUAUGAAUAGAUUUAAAGAAGCGGUCUUUAACAUUUUCGUUAAAAAAGUGCACAUUAAAAAGUAAAACACUGUAGCACUUAAGACGUUUUUUUAAACAAAUUUACAAUGUGAAUAAAACGCACUAAGGAUUUAUGUAAAAAAUAUGAUGUAAUACUCUAUGGGAUUGUAAUUUAUUGGCAUGUAAAUAUUUUGUUUUUUCGGGCUAAAUGUGGUUUCUUCGCUGUUUUGUGUAUUUAAAAAACGUCUCAUGCAACUGAAAAGCGGCGCCGAUACAAUACCUUUUUCUGACAGUUGUUUUUUAAACAAUUAUGGCCUAGAUGUUAGUCCUUUAAGCCAUCUGACAGCUGUCAUCGGAGGCGUUUAUCAGUUGUCUAAGCGCGUUAGGCGUUUUUCCAUCGCCAACUGUAUAGAACGUUUUGCUAAUCCGGAUCCCCGCAUACGCCAUUUUGGAAAACUUCACGAGAAGAGAUACGAUUUGUAACUAUUACCGUGUAAGCCUAUUAUUAUAUUUUGAUUACUGAAAUAUAUUUGAAAAUCAA